GUUUUUCUUCCGGGUUGCGAUCAUGGCGUGCUCCUGAGCAACAUGUGAAUUUUGGAUACCAGGGCAUUUAAUGUAAGGGAAUAUUUAGUUGUAUUUCAAUGUGUCUUCAAUUGUGAAACGAGGACGUGUGAAACAGCAUCGAGCAUGGCAUCAGCGGAGGAGGACUUCCCCCGAGGAGGGACAGCGAAGAAGCCCACGGAGAGUAAGAUAGUGGUGCAGCGGAGCGAAGUGGACAAUCUGUUCCAGUCAAAUGAACAAGCAGAAACAAAGAAGAGAAAGGGAUGGGUCAAAGAUGACGCCAAGAAACCCAAGAAGCAGAAGACGGCCAAAGGAAAAGAUGACGGCCUUUCGCUCAACGCAGCAGCCAAGUGUGUGGAAAUCCUACACAUCAAGAAUGUGAAGGAGGGCAUGCUGAUGCUGGGCUGUGUGAAGGAGGUCGCAGACUUCGAGGUGACGGUCAGUCUGCCCUGUUGUAUGCAAGGCUUCCUCAGCAUCAAGAACAUCAGCGACUCGUACACCAAGCUACUCAGUGAGCAGCUGGAAUCGGAUGACACAGAGGACAUCUGCUCUCUGCCUCACCUCUUCUCCCCCGGCAUGUUGAUAAGAUGUGUGGUUGCCAAGUUGGACACAGCCAGGGGAGGCUCUCUCAGCAUCCAGCUGUCAGUCAAUCCAAAGCUGGUCAACAAGGCUCUUACCUCGAGCUCUCUGAAAGCUGGCAUGAUCUUGAGUGGAUGUGUGGAGAGUGUGGAGGAUCAUGGCUGCAUAGUUGACAUUGGCAUCAAUGGGUCCAAAGCCUUCCUGCCUAUGAAAGAGAUAAAAGGCGAACAGAACAACCUUGGAGAGCUGAAAGUAGGUCAGUAUUUGACUCCUAAAGUGGAAGAAGUAAAGAAUGAAGGCCGUAUGAUUCGGCUUUCUGCGAUCACCCAGGCCUGUGCCGAGACCGAGCAGGGCUGGAACCUCACAAACCUUCUGCCUGGUCUUCUGGUUAAAGCUACCGUCAAAAAGGUUACAAAACAUGGUCUGAUCCUGGACUUCCUGUCCUCCUUCAGUGGCCAAGUGGACUUUCUCCACAUGGAGCCAGAACAGGCAUCGAAGUACACAGAGGGAACUGAGGUGCAAGCUUGUGUGCUCUAUGUGGAGCCAUCCACGCGUCUGGUGGGUUUGAGUCUUCGCAGCUACCUCGUUCAGCCCGGGGGAAGACUGGACACCAUGCCUGCUGGCGGCGACCGCAUCAGUGAGGUGGUGAAGGACUGUACGAUGACCGCCGUACACCACAUGUCUGGAGCCAUUUUGGAACUGCCUGGCAAAACGUUGGCGUUUGUACACAGGAAUCACCUGAAAGAGUUUAACGAGCCAGGGAAUGAGAACAAAGCGCUGGCAAAGCCUGAGCACACCUGUAGGAUCCUGGACUUCAGCCCCAUGGACCAAAUUCACUUUGCCAGUCUUCGCAGGAGUGUAAUUGAGAGGCCUUUUUUUAGAUAUCAUGAUCUUCAGGCUGGAAAAGUUGUUGACGGUAAAGUGUCAGUCCUGCUGAAUCAUGGGAUGAUCGUGCAUCUGUCUGACCACAUCAAAGGUCUGGUGCCUCGGACCCACCUGUCUGACAUCAUCCUUAAGAACCCAGAGAAGAAGUACACGGAGGGCUUGAAGGUCAAAUGUCGGGUGCUGUCAGUGGAAGCAGAGAAUAAGAAGCUGUACCUGACCAGAAAAAAGGCCCUGGUCGAAAGCUCCCUGCCGUUGUUCCUCAGCUACACUGACGCUCGUCCCGGCUGCGUGUCCCACGGCUACAUCGUCUCCAUCAAGGACUUUGGCUGCAUCGUUCGUUUCUACAACAACGUCAAGGGCCUGGUGCCACUCAGCGAACUCAGCUCUGAGGCCAUCAGUAAUCCUGAGGAGGUCUUUUACAUUGGGCAGGUGUUAAAGACUAAAGUUCUCAAGUGUGACCCCGAGAAGGCAAAGAUGUUGCUGUCAUUUAAGGCUGCGGUGGAAGGAGAAACUGAGGAAGCUGCUAAACCCCAGGUUGACUGUGAGGUGGGGAAGAGGCUGGAGGCCAAGGUGCUGAAAAAGUUGAUCAACGGCCUGGAGGUUGCCAUCCUACCUGAUGAGGCACGAGCCAUACUACCCACCAUGCACCUCUCCGAUCUGGUGUCUAACUGCCCUCUGCUGUGGGAGAGCCUGCAGGAGGGAGACAACAUCUCAAACCUCGUCUGUUUCAGCAGGAACAAACAGCAAAUUUCGCUCACUAAGAAACCGACGGUGAGGUGGUCAUUGGAGGAGGGACAAGUUGCCAAGGAUUUCUCAGAGAUCACAGUUGGAAUGCAGCUGAUUGGCUGGGUCAAGAACGUCAUGUCCUAUGGUGUCUUUGUGGAGUUCCCAUAUGGCCUUGUUGGUCUUUCACCCAAGUCUGCCAUGACCGACAAGUUCCUCAGUGAUACGGCAGCGGCCUUCCAGACGGGCCAGACCGUCAUCGCUAAGGUGACCAACCUGGAUGAGGAAAAGCGGCGUUUCCUAGUCACGCUGAAGAUUUCGGAGGUCAUACCGCCAGAGGGGGAUUCCGUGAGCAGACUUAUUAAUGGUCUGCAGGAGAGAAGAGUGGUGGCUGAGAUGUUGGCUAUGAGAGAUAACAGUGAACAUCGCCAGCCGCUGGCUUCUCUGUCUGUUGCUGAGAAGCUGAAGCUGACCGUGGACACUGUGAAAGACAGCGGUGCAACGUUUAAGUCACACGACCUUGUUGGCGUCGCCAUACUGGCCAACAAGUACCACGUCAUGGGCGUUAACUUGACCCCAGGACAGAAAGUCACUGCAGUCGUCCUUCAUGUCGACAUCCUGUCCGCCUCUGUCAGUGUGUCCAUCCUUCCCAAGCUGUUGGAAAAGAAGAAAUCUUUGAAUGAAGGAUCAAAAUACACAGCGAUGGUGCAGCACAUAGACAAAGACUUUGCCGUCCUCUCAUUGGACGGCACGGCACAGCUGACUGUGAUCCCGACCAGAAGCCACCUGAACGAGGUGUUCCUCUCUGAGUCGGAGAGGCUGAAGGGAGGAAUGAUAUUGGCUGUUGAGGUCAUAGAACCCAGCUGUCAGGAACUACAAGGGCUCCCUCUAGUGUCCUGGCAGCGCACUGCACCGAAGCGUCAGCGCACGACCUCCGAAAACCAACUGGGCUCCAAGGGCCACUGCUUCGGCAAAAUCCUGCAGGGGAAAGUGCGGACGGUGAAGCCCACCUGCAUUCAGGUCACGCUCGAGGACGGGAGCACGGGCAGCGUGCAUGUAUCUCAGGUGAUGGAGGUGGAAAAAGUGUGUCAGGGAUCUUUCCCGACGUCCUCGGUGAAAGUUGGCAGUGAGGUCACCGCCCGGGUCAUUGGAGGGCGAGAAGCAUCCAGUCACAGAUUCUUACCAUUUUCUCAUCCCAAAUAUACAUACAACAUUCCUGAGCUCACACUAAUACCCAGCAAACUAGAUGAGAGUGUCGACUUCAAACCAGUCACAUCAAAAGAAAAACUUAAUAGUUACAAGGUCGGGGAAGAAAUUACUAGCUUUGUAUCAAAGUUUCAUCCAGAAAGGAAGUCUUUGGAGGUCACCACUGAUCCUGGUGUCACUGGCACUGUUGAACUUCUGGCAAUGAUCACUAAUCCCAAGGAUGCCAGCCACCCAGAGAAAAUGUACAAGCUGGGCCAAGCAGUCCGUGCUAAAGUGGUAGAGAUGAGCUCCAAACCUCAUCGCUUUGUGCUGUCACUCACAGGUGUCCAUAAACUGGAGACGGGCAGUGUUGCUUUGGGCAUCGUGACUAAUAUUCAGCCACAAGGCCUCAUGGUCAAACUUCCCUUCGGUGGCGUGGGGACUGUGGCUGUCACUGAUCUGGCUGACGCCUACAGGCCAACCCCACUCGAUGGGUACAGCAAGGAACAGCUGCUCAGGUGUUUUCUCUUAGGGAGUGAAAAUGGCAAGUGGCAGUUGUCUCUACGUCCAUCGAGGCUGAACCCACAGCAGGCCAAGUCCGUGAAAGACCCCGAAGCCCUGUCUUUAGACAAACUGAAGGCAGGUCAGAUCAUCAGAGGCUACAUCAAGUCUGUGGGAGAGCAGGGGGUCUUCAUCAGGUUGUCUCGGCAUAUAACUGGAAGAGCCCAACUUCAGCAGUCCACCAAGUACUUUGUUAACAACCACACAGUUCUCUCCAAACACCUGCCUCCCAACACUCUGCUCACCACCAAGAUCCUCAGUAUCGACAAAGAGGAGGAGUUCGUCAACCUCUCUCUGCUUCCCGCGGACACCGGGAAGCCGGACGUCCUUCCUGAAUCUCUCAAUCUCCCGCUGCGUCUGAUCGGGGAGGAGAAGAAGAAACAUGAUGCGGAGACCAAGAAACGCAAACUCUCCGAGGGCAAACAGGAACAAGCAGAGUCCCAGGUCCCAAAGAAAAAGAAAAAAACUAAGAAAGCCAUGGCCGAUGAGAAUGACAGUGGAGUCGAGGUGUACUUCAGGGAAGAGGAGGAUAAGGAAGAUGAAGAAGAACAACCCAAACCCGUUCCUGCAAAACCCAGCUCAGCAGGUCCAUCCAGACUGCAGGUGGGAGCAGGUUUCUCGUGGGACGUGGGCCUGAACUCCCUGAAGCCCGCCGCUGCCGCUCAGGACGGGGACUCCAGUGAUGGAGAGGACCAAGAUGGGAGCGGCAAGCCCCAGAAGAAGUCUCGCCACGAGCUGGAGCAGGAGAAAAAGGCAGCGGAGAAGGCGCUGGUGCAGCGGGAAGCUGAGCUCAUGGAUCCAAACCUGCGGCCUGAAGAUGGGGCCAGCUUCGAGCGCCUGCUCCUGGCCUCCCCCAACAGCUCUCUGCUGUGGCUCCAGUACAUGGCUCACCAUCUGCAGGCCACACAGAUCGAGCAGGCCCGUGCAGUAGCCGAGAGGGCUCUCAAAACUAUUUCCUUCAGGGAGGAGCAGGAGAAGCUGAACGUGUGGGUGGCCCUGCUGAACCUGGAGAACAUGUACGGCACAGCGGAGACCCUAAAGAAAGUGUUUGAGCGGGCGCUGCAGUUCUGCGAGCCGAUGCCCGUCUACCAGCAGCUGGCCGACAUCUACGCCAAGUGCAACAAGACCAAGGAGGCAGAAGGCUUGUACAAGACGAUGGUGAAGCGCUUCCGCCAGAACAAGGCGGUGUGGCUGAGCUUCGGCUCCUUCCUGCUCCAGCAGGGUCAGAGCGAUGCUGCCAGCGCUCUCCUGCAGAGGGCACUGAAGAGCCUGCCCUCCAAAGAAAGUGUGGACGUGAUCGCCAAGUUUGCCCAGCUGGAGUUCCGUUACGGUGAUGCAGAGAAAGGUCGCACCAUGCUGGACAAAGUCCUGACAAGUUAUCCGAAACGUACAGAUCUCUGGUCCGUCUUCAUCGACCUCAUGGUCAAACAUGGAUCGCAGAAGGAAGUCAGGGCGCUCUUCGAUCGCGUGAUCCACCUGAGCGUUGCCGUGAAAAAGAUCAAGUUCUUUUUCAAACGCUACCUGGAGUACGAAAAGAAGCACGGCACCCCCCAGAGCAUCCAGGCAGUCAAAGAGAAGGCCAUGGAGUUUGUGGAAGCUAAAGGCACUGAGGCUGCAAACUAAACUGGUUUCCUGAUCAAAAUAAUCACCAUUGUAGCUCCCUAGCUUUUUUUUUUAAGUGCCAUGGACUGGGAACCGUUAAACCUGGAAGUCAGGGUUUGAUGCUCUAAUGUUGCAGUACACAACACACCUUGGUAAAUCAUCGAAUCAUGUUGAAAACAAACUGGUAUUCAGCAUUUCAUCAAUUUACAUUUGAAUCCAUUUUUGUAUGUAAAUGAGGGUGAGCUAAGAAAGUAGAAUAGCGCAUGUCAUGCUUGUUUCUUAACUAUGUUUUUGAAUGGAUUUUUAAAAUAGCUCCUCGUCGGAAAUAUUUUCUAUUAACUGACUGGUUGAUCUUUCAAUAAAUCCAGCACCAUUACAAUA